AACAUCUCAGAAUAUCUGAUCCUGCAUCGCCAUCACCUCAAAUCACUCUCCCGAGUGAUCCUAAUGACUCCACAGGACCCGCCGGCUCUCUUACAGCUCGCAAGUCACGGAUACCAAGAUUCGAGAAUUGGCGGAGGUCUGAACGCCGUCACGAAUCAUUCCUCACCCAGACUAUCGCUCAGAUCACCAGCAAAGAGCGUGCCAGUUGAAGAAAAAGCAAGCUUUUGUCCAGACUCUGAUGGAGUAGUCGAAGUGGAGCACAAGGAAACGAUCGUCGAAAGGUCCUCCUCGGCUCGAUUUAGAAGCCAUCUCCGAGCUGACAACAAAUCAUCCCCUCCGAUAGAUGACGAUAUACUGCGUCAAAAGAUUGCUUCUAAUCAUCUCAACGGUCAGCCUCCCUGGGUGGCAUCGUCUGGACUUAGCACUCGUAAAACAAAGAAGAUGCAACUUCAACGCCUAUCUCUGCACGUUUUUAUCUUGGGACGUUCGUUUCAACGUUCAGUCAAAGCAUGCAAGGCAAGGCAAAAUACAUCCGAAGAUAACAGAGAGUUUUCAAAGAUCAAAGCUCGUCUCGAUGCGAUGAUGCAACGACAAAGAGAAUCCCGACAGGCUUACAGAGCCCGAAAAACGGAAUUAAGCCAAUCAAGAUCCAACAUUGUCGGGGAUGGGAACACCCGUAGUGGACCGCAUACAAGGGUCAAUGGUCAAUAUGGUGUGGAGCAGUACCUUGGUAAAUCUAUGAACGAGGAUACUAAUAAAGACGAAGAAAAUGGCGAUGACGAAGACAUUGAUGAAGAUAUGAUCGAUCAAGCUGAAGGUGCUGUACCAGAGGUGGUUGACUCGGACACCGAGAUGCAAGAUUCCAGCCCAAACAGAGAACGUAGGAGGAAAUCUCAAAACGGACCUAGGCAAUCCUCUUCAGCUGCUCGAG